GAAGAAGAAGAAGAAGACAUUCACCUCUUCUUCUUUGUCAAAAUAAAAUAAAUUAAAAUCCCAAAAAAAAAAAUCUAUAAAAAAAAUUCCAAAAAAUAGAGUGAGAUUUGGAUUUUGCGGAGGCAUGGAGAGAGCCAGUGUGAAAAUUGUGGCUUUGCUACUUUGCCUCUCCGUUGGAGCUUUGGCUGAGGACCCUUACCUCUUCUUCGAAUGGAAUGUUACUUACGGUACAAUUGCUCCAUUGGGUGUCCCCCAACAAGGCAUUCUCAUAAACGGCCAGCUACCGGGGCCGAGGAUCAAUUGCACAUCCAACAAUAAUAUUGUUGUCAAUGUCUACAAUUACCUGGAUGAGCCGUUGCUCCUUACCUGGACUGGUAUCCAACAAAGGAAGAACUCGUGGCAAGAUGGUACCCCAGGAACCAUGUGUCCUAUCAUGCCUGGUACAAACUUCACCUAUCAUUUCCAGGUAAAGGAUCAAAUCGGUAGCUUUUUCUACUUCCCGACAACAGGCUUACAUCGUGCAGCUGGUGGAUUUGGUGCCCUCGAUGUCCAUAGUCGUAACCUUAUCCCUAUUCCUUUUGACAAACCCGCCGAAGAGUACAAUGUCUUUUUGGGCGAUUGGUACAAUAAGGGACACAAGACCUUGAAAAAGAUCUUGGACGGCGGACGCACCAUUGGGAGGCCUGAUGGCAUUCACAUUAAUGGAAAGUCCAGCAAAGUUGGUGACAAGGCAACAGAGGCACUCUUCACCAUGGAGGCUGGCAAGACUUAUAGAUACAGGAUGUGUAACGUUGGCAUGAGGACCUCAGUCAAUGUCAGGAUCCAAGGCCACACCAUGAAGUUGGUUGAGAUGGAGGGAUCACAUACGGUGCAGAAUGUCUAUGACUCACUUGACAUUCAUGUUGGUCAGUGUCUUUCCGUCCUGGUCACUGCUGAUCAAGACCCCAAAGACUAUUACAUGGUUGUUUCUAGCAGAUUUCUGAAGCAGGCGCUCUCCUCCGUAGCCAUCCUUCGUUAUGCUAACGGUAAGGGACCAGCAUCAUCUGAGCUCCCAGCACCCCCACCAGAUAACACUGAAGGUAUUGCCUGGUCCAUGAACCAAUUCCGCUCAUUUAGAUGGAACCUCACCGCUAGCGCUGCCCGUCCUAACCCUCAGGGAUCCUACCAUUACGGAAAAAUCAACAUCACUCGCACCAUGAAGAUCGUCAAUUCUAGGAGUCAAGUAGCUGGCAAGCUUCGAUUCGCCUUGAAUGGUAUCUCCCAUAUGGAUACUGACACCCCAUUGAAGCUUGUUGAGUUUUUCGGAGUUCCUGAAAAGACCUUUAAGUACGAUCUGAUGGCCGAUGAGCCUCCAUCUGACUUGAGCAAAGUGACAAUUUCCCCGAAUGUGAAGAAUGCUACCUUCCGUAAUUUCGUGGAGAUUAUCUUCGAGAACCAAGAAAAGACUAUCCAGACCUAUCAUUUGGAUGGGUAUUCCUUCUUUGCUGUGGGCAUCGAGCCUGGGAGGUGGAGCCCUGAGAAGAGGAAGAACUACAACUUAGUAGACGCAGUAAGCAGGCACAGCAUUCAAGUCUAUCCAAACUCGUGGGCUGCCGUAAUGACAACCUUAGACAAUGCAGGAAUGUGGAACUUGCGAUCAGAGAUGUGGGAGAGAUUCUACUUAGGACAACAAUUAUACUUUAGUGUUCUCUCCCCGUCGCGCUCCUUGAGGGAUGAGUACAACCUCCCAGACAACCACCCUCUUUGCGGUAUUGUCAAGGGUAUGCCCAUGCCAGCUCCAUACACGGCGUAGAUUCCAAAAUGAUGAUCAGAGUGUAAUAUAUAAAUUAGCUUUAGAUGGGAGGGAUGGAAAGAAAGGAGCUUGAUUUCUUAAUUGAUGCAUUUGUAUUCCUUUCAAAAUAUAAUAAGACAUGAAUACGAAAAUAAUAAGGUUUUGUUCACCUCCUCUA